AUGCCUCUUGUGCUGGCUGUGCUGAGAAAUUAUCUUGAAAUUGUUGGUUGGCUCGCCAGCAUUGAUCUGGCUUGUAUGAAAUUACAAAACAAAGACAAUUUAAGCGUACCUCAUGUCGCCGCUGCAAAUGGCAAAAAUGAAUUUGCUUCGGUUCUCUUAAAAUCGGUGCACUCAUCGGACAAAAGUUCAUUGAUCUCAUCGCAAUAUGACGAAGGCAUGACGGCUUUCCACUGGUCGUGUUCAGAAGGUCAUCUCGCGUUCAGCAAAUGGCUGCUAGAAGAACACAAGAAUUACAAGUCAGAAUCUGAUCCGCUGUUACGCAAGAUACGAGAUAAUGAUGGAAAAACGCCUUUUAUGCUGGCUCUGCUGAGUAAUCAUCUUGAAAUUGUCGCAGCUGCAAAUGGCAAAACUGAAAUUGCUUCGGUUCUCUUAAAAUCAAUGAACUCAAACUCAAACUCAGUUGUAUUCUCAGUUUAUACAACACUCAUUGACAACACGAUACAACAAAAAGCAAUGCUAAUUAAUGUUAAUAUGGAAAGUGUGUCUAAAAUAGAAGAUUUGGAAUUCACUGGGGCAGAAUGGGAUCAUGUUUGCAUUUUUAUUGGGAAUGGACAUCACCCUCUUCUUCUCUCAGUUGUUUACAAUAUGAUAACACGAGCUGUGAAAAGCGUCAUCAUAUACACGGAAAACUCGACAGUGUGUAACGUGAUUGAUGCUUAUCAUAACCAUGUCGGCGACAAACUUGUUCAGCAAAUUCGCAUUGGCGAUUUUCCCGAGAUAACCGAUGAUAUAAAGCAACAUUUGAUAGAUGAUACCAAGCUUGCAUCCUCUCUUUUAGAAGUAUUGUUUCUGAAAGGAGACUCCGAGAAACCACAUGUAUUUAAUCUCAUACAAUCGUGCUACAACGAGUGCGAGGACACUGUUCAGUGUCUGCUGGAACAGAACUCUUCUCUAGCGCUAUGUAAAUAUCGAAAAAAAACUACGCCAUUAAUGAUAGCUGCAAAAGUCGGAAAUUUACGAAUUGCCCGAAUGAUUCUGGAUUUCACUCCCGAUGAGGAACAAAAUUCCUAUAUAGAGCAGAAAGAGGAUACGGAAUCGGUGAACUCAUCGGAAAGAAAAUCAUUGAUUUCAUCGCCAGAUGACGAAGGCACGACGGCUUUCCACUGGUCGUGUUUGAGAGGUCAUCUCGAGUUCAGCAAAUGCCUGCUAGAAGAAUACAAGAAUUACAAGUCAGAAUCUGAUCCGCUCUUACACACAAUACGAGAUAAUGAUGGAACCACGCCUCUUGAGCUUGCUGUGAACGAAGACAAAUUAAGUGUACUUCAUGUCGCAGCUGCAAAUGGCAAAACUGAAAUUGCUUCGGUUCUCUUAAAAUCGGUGAACUCAUCGGACAAAAAUUCAUUGAUUUCAUCGCCAGAUGAUGAAGGUAUGACGGCUUUCCACUGGUCGUGUUCAGAAGGUCAUCUCGAGUUCAGCAAAUGGCUGCUAGAAGAAUACAAGAAUUACAAGUCAGAAUCUGAUCCGCUGUUACACAUAAUACGAGAUAACGAUGGAAAAACUACUCUUAUGCUGGCUGUGCUGAGUAAUCAUCUGGAAAUUGUUAGUUGGCUUGCCAGCAUUGAUCUGGCUUGUAUGAAAUUACAAAACAAAGACAAACUAAGCCUACUUCAUGUCGCAGCUGCAAAUGGCAAAACUGAAAUUGCUUCGGUUCUCUUAAAGUCAUUGAAUUCAUCGGACAAAAAUUCCUUAAUUUCAUCACCAGACAACGGUGGCAGAAAGGCUUUCCACAAGUCGUGUUCACAAGGUCAUCUCGAGUUCAGCAAAUGGCUGCUAGAAGAACACAAGAAUUGCAAGUCCGAAUCUGAUCCGCUGUUACACACAAUACGAGAUAACGAUGGAAAAAUGCCUCUUAUGCUGGCUGUGCUGAGUAAUCAUCUGGAAAUUGUUAGUUGGCUCGCCAGCAUUGAUCUGGCUUGUAUGAAAUUACAAAACAAAAACAAAUUAAGCGUACUUCAUGUCGCAGCUGCAAAUGGCAAAACUGAAAUUGCUUCAUAUCUCUUAAAAUUGGUGAACUCAUCGGACAAAAGUUCAUUGAUUUCAUCGCCAGAUGACGAAGGCCUGACGGUUUUCCACUGGUCGUGUUCACAAGGUCAUCUCGAUUUCAGCAAAUGGCUGCUAGAAGAAUACAAGAAUUACACUUCAGAAUCUGAUCCGCUCUUUCACACAAUUCAAUAUAACAAUGGAAUCACGCCUCUUGUGCUGGCUGUGCUGAGAAGUGAUCUUGAAAUUGUUGGUUGGCUCGCCAGCAUUGAUCUGGCUUGUAUGAAAUUACAAAACAAAAACAAAUUAAGCGUACUUCAUGUCGCAGCUGCAAAUGGCAAAACUGAAAUUGCUUCAUAUCUCUUAAAAUUGGUGAACUCAUCGGACAAAAGUUCAUUGAUUUCAUCGCCAGAUGACGAAGGCCUGACGGUUUUCCACUGGUCGUGUUCACAAGGUCAUCUCGAUUUCAGCAAAUGGCUGCUAGAAGAAUACAAGAAUUACAAGUCAGAAUCUGAUCCGCUGUUACACACAAUUCAAAAUAACAAUGGAAUCACGCCUCUUGCGCUUGCUGUGCUGAGAAAUCAUCUUGAAAUUAACGAAGACAAAUUAAGUGUACUUCAUGUCGCAGCUGCAAAUGGCAAAACUGAAAUUGCUUCGGUUCUCUUAAAAUCGGUGAACUCAUCGGACAAAAAUUCAUUGAUUUCAUCGCCAGAUGAUGAAGGUAUGACGGCUUUCCACUGGUCGUGUUCAGAAGGUCAUCUCGAGUUCAGCAAAUGGCUGCUAGAAGAAUACAAGAAUUACAAGUCAGAAUCUGAUCCGCUGUUACACAUAAUACGAGAUAACGAUGGAAAAACUACUCUUAUGCUGGCUGUGCUGAGUAAUCAUCUGGAAAUUAACGAAGACAAAUUAAGUGUACUUCAUGUCGCAGCUGCAAAUGGCAAAACUGAAAUUGCUUCGGUUCUCUUAAAAUCGGUGAACUCAUCGGACAAAAAUUCAUUGAUUUCAUCGCCAGAUGAUGAAGGUAUGACGGCUUUCCACUGGUCGUGUUCAGAAGGUCAUCUCGAGUUCAGCAAAUGGCUGCUAGAAGAAUACAAGAAUUACAAGUCAGAAUCUGAUCCGCUGUUACACAUAAUACGAGAUAACGAUGGAAAAACUACUCUUAUGCUGGCUGUGCUGAGUAAUCAUCUGGAAAUUAACGAAGACAAAUUAAGUGUACUUCAUGUCGCAGCUGCAAAUGGCAAAACUGAAAUUGCUUCGGUUCUCUUAAAAUCGGUGAACUCAUCGGACAAAAAUUCAUUGAUUUCAUCGCCAGAUGAUGAAGGUAUGACGGCUUUCCACUGGUCGUGUUCAGAAGGUCAUCUCGAGUUCAGCAAAUGGCUGCUAGAAGAAUACAAGAAUUACAAGUCAGAAUCUGAUCCGCUGUUACACAUAAUACGAGAUAACGAUGGAAAAACUACUCUUAUGCUGGCUGUGCUGAGUAAUCAUCUGGAAAUUGUUAGUUGGCUUGCCAGCAUUGAUCUGGCUUGUAUGAAAUUACAGAACGAAGACAAAUUAAGUGUACUUCAUGUCGCAGCUGCAAAUGGCAAAACUGAAAUUGCUUCGGUUCUCUUAAAAUCGGUGAACUCAUCGGACAAAAAUUCAUUGAUUUCAUCGCCAGAUGAUGAAGGUAUGACGGCUUUCCACAAGUCGUGUUCACAAGGUCAUCUCGAGUUCAGCAAAUGGCUGCUAGAAGAACACAAGAAUUGCAAGUCCGAAUCUGAUCCGCUGUUACACACAAUACGAGAUAACGAUGGAAAAACGCCUCUUAUGCUGGCUGUGCUGAGUAAUCAUCUGGAAAUUGUUAGUUGGCUCGCCAGCAUUGAUCUGGCUUCUGCACACGACAAAACUGAAAUUGCUUCUGUUCUCUUAAAAUUGGUGAACCCAUCGGACAAAAGUUCAUUGAUUUCAUCGCCAGAUGACGAAGGCCUGACGGCUUUCCACUGGUCGUGUUCACAAGGUCAUCUCGAGUUCUGCAAAUGGCUGCUAGAAGGUUACAAGGGUUACAAGUCAGAAUCUGAUCCGCUCUUUCACACAGUUCAAUAUAACAAUGGAAUCACGCCUCUUGUGCUGGCUGUGCUGAGAAGUGAUCUUGAAAAUGUUGCUGCAAACGGCAAAACUGAAAUUGCUUCUGCUCUUUUUGAUUCGUUGAACUCAUCGGACGAAAGUUCAUUGCUUUCAUCACCAGACAAGGGUGGCAGAACGGCUUUGCACAAGUCGUGUUCACAAGGUCAUCUCCAGUUCAGCAAAUGGCUGCUAGAAGAAUACAAGAAUUACAAGUCAGAAUCUGAUCCGCUGUUACACACAAUUCAAAGUAACAUUGGACUCACGCCUCUUAUGCUGGCUGUGCUGCGAAAUAAUCUUGAAAUUGUUAUUUGGCUUGCCAGCAUUGAGCCAGCUUGUAUGAAAAAACAAAACAAAGCCAAACUAAGCAAACUUCAUGUCGCAGCUGCAAACGGCAAAACUGAAAUUGCUUCUGCUCUUUUCGAGUCGUUGAACUCAUCGGACAAAAGUUCAUUGAUUUCAUCACCAGACAAGGGUGGCAGAACGGCUUUGCACAAGUCGUGUUCACAGGGUCAUCUCGAGUUCAGCAAAUGGCUGCUGGAAGAAUACAAGAAUUGCAAGUCCGAAUCUGAUCCGCAGUUACACACAAUUCAAAGUAACAAUGGACUCACGCCUCUUAUGCUGGCUGUGCUGAGAAAUCAUCUUGAAAUUGUUAGUUGGCUUGCCAGCAUUGAGCCAGCUUGUAUGAAAAAACAAAACAAAGACAAAUUAAGCAAACUUCAUGCCGCAGCUGCAAACGGCUAA